AAAACCCGCCACAGCCCGGCAUAAAUAGAGGCCCUCCGAUCCGUCCACUCCACUCCCUCAUCAACACACCUUGACCACAUCCACAUCCUCAUAUAUCAACAAAGAUCCUCACAGCCUAAACACAACCACCCGUCUGCUACAAUCAAAUACACACUCAAAACACAAUGCCACACCGUCGCCAAGCCCACGGAUCCAGCCGCUCGAACAGCCCGGAGCGGGCACACGGGCCGCGCCGCCAACCGCCAACGAUGCCCAAAGAGUACGGCGCAGCCGCAGGAGCCCCAGCACAGCACUUUCCCAGCAGGAUCCCCCGCCCAGCUACCAAUGGCCAUCACCACACCUACCACCCCUAUACCCACACCCGCACCCACGUCACCUACGCCUCAUCCCACAGCUCCGACGAAGCCCCCUCCGACGACGACAGCCUAGCCGAGUUCGUCCGCGCGGUGCGCGCGGGGAAACACGCGUACACACCGCCGCCGCCCCCUAGGCGCGCGACCCCGAGGCCCGGGAAUCACCAUAGCCCUGGUGGCCCUGGUGGAGACUGCAUACCGCCGGGGGUCCAGCAACGUCCCGCUGCCGCUGUGGGGCACGGGUAUCCGCCUGAUAUGCCGGAGGCGCUUAGGCGCUGGUUGGAGGGAGGGAGGCGGGGUGGGGCGGAUGGCGGGGAUGGGAGAGGUGGGAGGAACGGCGAGGGCGAAACCGCAGAGAGUGAAGAGACCAUGGAUAGUGAGCGUGGCGGUGCUCGUGGUGCUCGCGGUGGUCAUGGGCGUGCUCCGGCGAUGCGGGAUCCGCAGCGGGGAGGGGGCCGGCAUCAGAGAUACUAAAGGGAUACUAGGUAGAUGACUGGUGAAAUGCGGGCUGAUUGAGGGGGGUUUCUUUGAUUUUUUAUACAUACAACCCAUUUGAUGUGAUCGAG